CCCACCGUCACCGGUGAAAGAAUCUUGACGGGUUAGUUACUUGGUUGGUUGGUUUGUUACCGCCUUUUUGACGCCCGCAUCUCCGUCCAUCGAUCGAUCAACCAACCAACCGACGGCCCAGAUCUCACUCCACGCAGACCGCAGCAUCACGAAAAUGACCAAAAGCGAGGUGGUGGUGGGGCCGUGGGGGCCUUAUCCCCCCCUCCUCGGUAACUUUCCCGCUGACGAAUGGGGCCCACUUAUGGUGGGCCCCGUGGGCCCCACGUGUCACUUUCUCCGGCACGGGGGUGGAUGGAGUUAACGCAGUGCCGGGGCUCCUCUCGUGUCGUCUUCACCAAAGCGAACUCCUCACUCUCUCCUCGCUCUCGCCAUUGCCGACCACUGAGAAAAGCUUCGAGCUCUCGCCGCCCAUGGAGAGCGGCGCCCACAAGAGCAGAGGCGCCGCCGCCGCCGGAGGAGGAGGAGGAGGGGAGGGGGCGAGCGGAGGAGGAGGAGGAGGGAACCACAUGGUGUGCCACCUGUGCGGGUACCAGUACCCGAACGCGCACCCCAGCGCGAAGCAGCGGCGUGCGCACCGCAAGAACUGCGGCAACCCGUCGUCGCCGUCCCCCACCGCCGCCGCUGCCCACGCCGCCGUGGAGGAGGGCGACGGGAAGAGGCUGCUGCUGCUGCGAGAUGACGGUGAAGAGGCGGCGGCGGGAGGAGGAGGAGGAGGAGGAGAUGUGGGAGAUGGCGCGAGCGCGGUGGCGGCGGAUUCCGGUGGCGUCUUGCCCGGAUCUGCGCGGGAGGUUGGGAAUGUAGCGGAUGACGAUGGCAAUGCAGAGCGUUCUUCUUCUCCUCCUCAUGUUAGUGAGGUUCAAGUCGGCCUCAGUAAAUGCACGGAAGAUUGUGUCGUCAUUGGUGACCACAUCCCUCCUUCCGGAAACGACUCUAAGGCCAGUGGAACUGAGAAUGAUGAGAUUCAGAGUGGAGUCGUUACGCGGUUAACCGAAAAUGUACCACAUCUUGAAGAUGGGCAUCACUCUGAGUCAGCUGUUAGUUCUGAUCAGUGUAUGGGUAGCACUUCUUGUCUGGUGCCUGAGCAUGGAGAUGGUGCAAGAUUGAGCUCAGAGUUCUCUGCAGAUGAAAUCAAUAAGUUAAGUGUGAUGUCUCUAGAAACAGUUACUGGAUUAAGUAAAGAUGGUAUUGGAAACAAUGAGGAUGAUUUCUCCGGUGUGGAGAGACCAAAGGCAGUGGAGGAAGAUCGAUCAGUCAAUGAUUCUAAUGUGGUUUCCAAAGAGCAAAUCCCCUGCGAAGAAACUGUGUCAUCCAUGGAGCAAAGUGAAGUUAUGUUUACUAUUGGAAACAAUGAGGAUGAUUUGUCCUGUGUGGAGAGACCAAAGGCAGUGGAGGAAGAUCGAUUAGUCAAUGAUUCUAAUGUGGUUUCUAAAGAGCAAAUCCCCUGCAAAGAAACUGUGUCAUCCAUGGAGCAAAGUGAAGUUAUGUUUACUAACUCAGUGGACCAUGUUUCUAGUUCAACCAAGGAACCUGUCAAUUUACUUGAGGAUAAGAUGUCUUGUAUUGAGAAGCAUGUAUGCCUAGACGAAACUAGUAGUAAUGAUUUAUUCCAACUUGCUAGUGGUGGUAGCCAUUCAGAGGCAUCAGGCAUUGACAAACCCCGGCAUCAAGCUGAUUGUGCCUCUCUGACGCCAGAUCAGUUGGUAAUCCCCAAGGAGAUGGAUAUUGAUGAAGGACUUCAUUGUACUGAUGCAGAUGUGGGCAUCAAAACUUUGUCAAGUGCAGUUGGACAUGCUGAUGAAGAUAUUACUGCUGUUAACCUUUCAAAGAAUGUUUGUUCACCUCAUUUGACAGUGGGCGAUGACAUACAGGAUAGUGUCAGGCAAACAAUUGAUAUCACUCCCAUGCCACCUCAAGUUGAUCUAGCAGAGGUUAGCACAUCCUCUACUUCUCAUGAGAUCGAUAAAGUAAGUAGUAAAGAUGGUAUUGAUGAAAGAAAUCCAAAUGUAAACCUUACUUCCGAUGAGGUAAAUGAGGUGCAUGGCAUAGAUGUUGAGGAAAUUCCACAUAUUGAAGAUAUUGCUGCAUAUAAUGAUUAUCAAGAGCCUAAUACAGUGCGUGGUACUCGUGAUUUUGAAGAAGAUACGCAGAAUGAAGAAAUUAUUGCAGAAGCUAGUUCUCACAAUAUCACUGCUGUACAGAGCACAUGUAAUGUUGAAGAAAAGGAACAGAUUGAAGAAUUCGAUAGCAAUUCUUCCUGUAACAAGAUCCAUGAGAUAAGCAGCAGGGGCGUUGAAGAAACAAAACUGACUGAUGUUAAUGUGGAAACUGCAGAUGAGAUAAAUGUGGCAAGCAGCCUAGAAAAUGUUGAAGAAAAGCAGAGCAAUAGAGAAACCAUUGCAGACCCUUCAGUUGAGAUUGAUGUGGCAAACUUGCCAAGUAGCCUUGAAUUAAGCAAGCUUGAUGUAGAAACUAGCACAUACCAUACUGCUUAUGAGGCCAAUGCAGUGAAUGCCAUGGAAAAUGUUGAAGAAAUGAAGCAGAAGGAAGAAAUCGCUGUAGCGCCCACUUCUCAUAUCAACACGAUAUCGAGCACCACUAAUGAUGACCAGAAGCAGAGUGAAGAACUCUCUGUUGGCCCUAGUUCCGAUGAGAUUACUGUGCCGCAUGGCGAAUUCAGUGUUAAGGAGAAGACUGAGGAGACUGUGUCAGACCCUACAUCCAACAAAACUGAUAUGGUAAGCACUAGUGGCGGCGUUGAAGAACAGAACCACGGUGAUGAAGUAACUUCAGGCACGAAUACUCAUGAGGAAAGUGUAAUAUUAGUACACACCACCGAUAAUGUCGAAAAGAAGAUGAACAAAGAUCUUACUUCAGAACCUGCAGACAAUGUUGAAGAGGAAGUGCAGAGUGAAGAUAUCGCAACAGACCCUACUUCUCAUGAGAGCAGCACGCUACAUAUCACAGACGGUGCUGAAAGCAAGAAACAGGAUGCGAAGGUCGCUGCAGAUCUCGCUGCUGGCAAAAUUGAUGUGCCACGGAGCGCAGAUGAUGCUGAAGAACAGAAGCAUGAGGCGACCGUCAGCACGGAUGAUGAUCUCAAAGGAGAUGAUCCGAGCGAAAGCAACUCGCCGCAGAUCAUAGACGGUGCUGGAGACAAGGAACAGGACGCAGAAACCGCUGCAGAUCCUCCUCCUGGCAAAACCGACGCGCCACCCAGCACAGAUGACGCUGAAGAAACGAAGCCGAAGGAGGAGGAGUUGGAGACGGUCGGCACGGUGGUCGACGAUCCUAAGGAGGAGGACAAGGAGGAGAUCGCCGACAAGGAAGUGAUCGUGAAUUCAGACAAGAACCACGUCUCACUGAAGUCCCUCCUCUCCGAGAAGGCCGCAGAAACCAAGGAGUCGAAGAAGCCGAGCACCAAGGAUCGCGUGCUGUCGUUCCGGCGGCGGGUGUCGAAAGACGGCGGCUCUCCGGCGAAGCCAGGCUCUCCCAAAGCGGCGGUUUCAGGGCAGCAGCAGGAUUGGAACUCUCCGGCGAGGUUACCGGUGGAGAAGAAGCCUAAGGGGAAGAAGCAGCAGUGGGUGCCCUUCAUUUGCUGCCCCUCCAUGAGCUGAUCGAUCGAUGAUGUUAUAUAUGAAUAUAAAUCUUUAGUGUGCCACAUUCUUGUUUCGUUUUUUUUUUACCCAUUUUGCUCGUGGACUAAGAAGAAUUGCAUUUUGUUUAUGCACGCUACAUGCUAUUCUGCCUCUGCAUUUCAUGCAAGUAUUAAAGCAGUGUCAGUUUAUACGUAAGCUGUCUUUGGUGA